UCCAUUGUCAUAAAUGUCAGUUCUUUAAAACCGAAGAUAAUAUCGGGUUUUUAAUUUUCGGUAAAGUUAGAAAAUUUAAUGUGUAUUUGAAGAUUUUAAAGAUAAAAGAUGGAACUUUCGUUGCCCCCAAAAAAGGAGCUUGCUUAUAAUGAAAAAAGUGAAUUGAGCAUAAGGAACACUUUUGAAGGAAAAUACAUCAAUAUCGAGAGAACUUACGAACCGACUUGGGAAAGUUUAGACACACGCCCUUUACCGGAAUGGUACGACAAGGCCAAGGUGGGCAUUUUCGUACAUUGGGGUGUUUAUUCUGUGCCUAGUUUUGGAUCAGAAUGGUUUUGGAUUAAUUGGAAAGGUCGAAAUAUUUCAAAAUAUGAAGAAUUUAUGGAAAAAAAUUAUCCACCAGGAUUUCAAUAUCAAGAAUUCGCCAGAGAUUUUACCGCUGAAUUUUACGAACCGGAAGAGUGGGCGAAAUUGUUUAAAGAAUCUGGCGCUAAGUACGUCGUUUUAACCAGUAAACAUCAUGAAGGAUACACUUUGUGGCCGUCUAAACAAUCGUUUAGUUGGAAUUCGAUGGAUGUAGGUCCGCAUCGUGAUCUUCUAGGUGAAUUAUCAAAAGCGGUGAAAAGCGAAGGUUUGCAUUUUGGUAUUUAUCACUCUUUAAUGGAAUGGUUUAACCCAAGAUAUUUAUCGGAUAAAGAAACCGGUUUUCUAACGUCCGAAUAUGUUGAAAAUAAAGUUCUUCCUGAAUUAAAGGAGGUUAUAACAACGUACGAACCGGAUAUAGUUUGGUCCGAUGGUGAAUGGGAGGCACAAUACACUUAUUGGAAAUCCACGGAUUUUUUGGCAUGGCUUUAUAACGAAAGUCCGGUUAAAGAAAAUGUUGUAGCUAACGAUCGAUGGGGUUCGGAAAUUUUGUGUAAACACGGCGACUUUUAUACUUGUGCUGAUCGUUUCAAUCCCGGUGUAUUACAAACACACAAAUGGGAAAAUUGCAUGACUAUCGAUCGGUAUUCGUGGGGUUAUCGUCGAAAUGCAAAUUUUGAAGAUUACAUGACAGCUUAUGAACUUAUUAAAACAAUGGUUGAAACUGUUAGUUGCGGCGGCAAUAUUUUAAUUAACGUUGGUCCUACAAAAGAGGGCACAAUCAUUCCAGUCUUUCAAGAAAGAUUGAUGCAAUUGGGUGCUUGGUUAAAAGUUAACGGAGAAGCUAUUUAUGAUUCAGUUCCAUGGAAAAAACAAAAUGAUACUUUGCAUCAAACUUGGUACACUUCUAAUGAUAUGGGUGAUACUGUUUAUGCUAUCAGUUUAAUUUGGCCAACCGGAAAUGUUAUUCAAUUAGCUUCUGCUGACGAAUUAUUUGCUAAUUCUACAACUACCGUGCAGUUAUUGGGAAAUAACGGAAAUUUGGCUUGGACCAAAACAGCUGAUGCAGUUAGUAUUGUCUUACCAGACAAGUCAUCUGUAAAAGUGGAAUAUGCCUGGGUGUUGAAGAUAAGUAAUUUCUCGUAGACGAAAUAUCAACAUUUUGAUAUCUUUAAUAAAUUUUUGUUUCAAAUCCAUUAAAAA